UUUUUCUCCUCCACUUGGGAUUGCCUUCCAUCGUCCCAUGGACAAUGACCAAACCCCUCAUGCCGACAACAAUGCUGUCGUACGUGCUCUGCAGCCUGCUGAUCCUCUCCGCGACGCUCGCCGGCGCCUCCCUGGCCGAGAUCGUGUUCCGCUGCCCGGGCUGCACCGCGGAGCGCCAGGCGCUGUGCCCGGCGCUCACCGAGCUCUGCGCGGAGAUCGUGCGCGAGCCGGGCUGCGGGUGCUGCCCCGUGUGCGCCCGGCAAGAGGGCGAGAUGUGCGGCGUGUACACGCCGAGGUGUGCCACCGGUCUGCGGUGCUACCCGACGCCCGACUCGGAGCUUCCCCUGGAGCAACUGGUGCAGGGCGCGGGGCAGUGCCGGCGCAAAGUGGACACCGAGACGAGCGCCUACAGCCAGGAGCAACGGGAACCAGCCAGCGGUGAGGCCGCGGAGCCGCUGCCCGAGCAAGGCGUGAGCGACAUCCCGGCCGUCCGGAAGCCGAGCAAAGAGGCCACGUGGCUGGGACCCAAGGAGAGCGCCGUACGCCAGCACAGACAGGAGAUGAAGACCAAGAUGAAGACCAACAAGGUGGAAGAGGUGAAACCUACUCGGCCCAAGCAGACUCAGUGUCAGCAGGAGCUCGACCAGGUCCUGGAGCGAAUAUCUAAGAUGCCCUUCAGAGAUAACAGAGGUCCCCUGGAAGACCUGUACGCCCUGCACAUCCCCAACUGUGACAAGAGGGGGCAGUAUAACCUCAAACAGUGCAAGAUGUCUCUGCACGGUCAGAGGGGCGAGUGCUGGUGCGUCAAUCCUCACACCGGACGACACAUCCCGUCGGCCCCCACUGUGAGGGGCGACCCCAACUGCAGCCAGUACCUCAGAGAGCUGGAGCUGGAGCUCCCUGACAUGGCCCAGAUAUAGUCUGACAUGAAACAUAAAAACUAAAAAACUACAAACUUGGGAACAAAGAACAUCUGAGUAAGCUAUGUAUUAUCUCUCUGUGUGUAUGUUACUAGAGUUCAUUUGAUGACAGUGACGUUUAAAAUCUUUGGAAAAGUAUUAAAUGAUAGAGUCAAUUUCUAUAGGAUGCUGAUUAAUUUAGGGGGAGCGAUAGACACGGGGCUCCUUUUCCUGGUAGAUGUUCAGAAGACGUCAGUUGGAGUGUCAGGGUCUUUGCUUUACUAAUUGUGACUUUGCUCAGAUUUGCUAUGUUGUCAGUGUUUUGUACUGUAUGUGUUGAAAGGUUCCACAUUUGCUGUUUUUCCGGCGUUGUUUUCUUGUCCAAGCUUGCAGACUCACUGUUUUACGCCUUGUGCUGUGCUGUCGGCUUCGAGUGCACCUGGCUUUUAAUUCACAGUUUAAUACUAAAUGUGAGCGCGCAUUAAGUGUUCGGCGCUCGGGAGGACGCGACUUUAGGCUGCAUAGUGAUUAGCAGAUGAAAAGCGCCAUUAAAAUUGUCAUAAAUUCA